CGGCUCGUCCGCCCUCCCGUAGGGGUAAAGGCUGGCGCCAUGGACGUCAACCAGCCCAAGCAGGAGCACUUGCUGGCCCUAAAAGUGAUGAGGCUAACCAAACCUACUUUGUUCACUAAUAUUCCAGUGACUUGUGAAGAAAGAGAUUUGCCAGGUAAUCUGUUCAACCAACUUAUGAAAGACGAUCCUUCUACUGUAAAGGGAGCAGAAACUUUGAUGCUAGGAGAAAUGCUGACUUUGCCUCAAAAUUUUGGAAAUAUAUUUCUGGGAGAGACAUUUUCCAGCUACAUUAGCGUACACAAUGAUAGCAGUCAAGUUGUCAAGGACAUACUGGUGAAGGCUGAUCUGCAGACAAGUUCUCAGCGCUUGAACCUUUCAGCUUCUAGUGCUGCAGUGGCAGAACUUAAACCUGACUGUUGUAUUGAUGAUGUGAUCCAUCAUGAAGUAAAGGAGAUAGGAACACACAUCUUAGUUUGUGCAGUGAGUUACACUACGCAGACAGGAGAGAAGAUGUACUUCAGAAAGUUCUUCAAAUUUCAGGUUCUUAAACCCCUAGAUGUGAAAACCAAAUUCUACAAUGCUGAGAGUGACCUCAGUUCUGUGACAGAUGAAGUGUUUCUGGAAGCUCAGAUUCAGAAUAUCACUACCUCUCCAAUGUUUAUGGAGAAGGUUUCUUUAGAGCCAUCUAUCAUGUACAAUGUUGCAGAACUGAACACUGUUGACACAGCAGGGGAAAGUCAGUCUACUUUUGGCUCAAGGACUUAUUUACAACCUAUGGAUACACGUCAGUACUUAUACUGCCUAAAACCAAAGCAAGAAUUUGCAGAAAAGGCUGGAGUAAUAAAAGGUGUAACAGUGAUUGGUAAACUAGACAUUGUAUGGAAAACUAACCUGGGUGAGCGAGGAAGGCUGCAAACUAGCCAGCUCCAAAGAAUGGCUCCUGGCUAUGGUGAUGUACGGCUUUCUUUGGAGACAAUACCAGAUACUGUUAAUUUGGAAGAACCUUUUGACAUUACAUGCAAAAUAACCAAUUGCAGCAGUGAAAGGACUAUGGAUCUGGUUUUAGAAAUGUGCAAUACAAAUUCCAUCCACUGGUGUGGAGUUUCAGGAAGGCAACUGGGAAAGCUGCACCCAAGUUCAUCCCUCCAUCUUGCACUCACAUUGUUGUCUUCAGUGCAGGGAUUGCAAAGUGUCUCUGGCUUGAGACUUACUGACACGUUUUUGAAGAGAACAUAUGAGUACGAUGACAUUGCACAAGUCUGUGUAGUUUCUUCAGAAGUCAAACAAAACUGAAGAAAAAAAACCCCUGUAUUUCUGCUGGGUUUGUGGUUUAUUUUUGGACCAACUUCUCACUGUUUCUGCAGCAGCAUCACAAAUGUGUACAAAGAAACCAAAUCCCUAUACAUCUAUGAACAUAACUGGGCUUAUUUAAUUUCUCUGAGCAUUUUUUUUAAUGUUUUAAAAAUCAUGCAUACACAUUUUUAUGUAUUGAAAAUAAAGCCUUUUAAAAAAAGUGUAGCUCUAGCAAAUUACAUUGCAUUAACACCACCUCGGGGCUGUGGGUUGAGAUUGAAAUUAAAUAGUACCACUCUGUAUUUAUCUUUAUUUUAAUUAUUUUAAUCAGGUUUUACAUCGUGGUUCUGACAAAACUGCUUCAGUUUGAAGGAACGGGCCUUUUACAGACAAGUUCUUGGCAUCUAGCCUCUUAACAGAAAUACACUGGGGUGCCUGGGGCAGCACUGUAUUUGCACAGUAUAUGCAUAACUGUACACAGUGGAGUCUGAUAAAGGCAUGAGAUGAGAGUAUGAAGCUGGCACUGUUGAGGUUCAGCAGAACAUUAGCCAAAUAAUGUACUGGUUGGGGCUUAGUCUUGGGAAAGGAGUAAUACAGCAACUCUGUCCCAAUUAGCUGCAGUCGUGUGAAUAGCUGUGUCCCUCUGAUACAGAGUGUGUUGUGACCAGGCGUGUUACUUCCCAAUUAGCAGGGAACUUAAAAGUAAAAUAGCAGAAUUUGGGCUUUUUUGUUAUUAAAGUGAGGCAGUCCAAAUCAGUCAUCCCCUCCCUGAGCCAUCUAAGCAGAUUCCUAGGACAAGGAGAAAAAAAGCCCUGCAGGGCUGCCCUAGAUUAAGUUCUCUAAAGCAUAUGCAGGAAGGAAUUCAGGACUUGGUUGAGCACAGACAUGUACUUUUCCCUAGGCUGGUUUUGACAAGAGAUGGGAAGUAUUCUUGGCUGAAAUGUGUAAGGUCACCCAAAGGUAGACAUUUAAUACAGACAGUGGUGACUGGCUUCCCUAGUUUAACACCAGUUACACCAGAAUUCAAAAUUUUACUCACUAGCCUGUCAGCUACCAUCUUGGCAUUUAGCCACCUCAGUUUUGACAGUAUUUUCAUAGAAUCAUAGAAUGGUAGGGUUGGAAGGACUCUUUAGAGAUCAUCUAGUCCAACCCCCCUGCAGAAGCAGGGUCACCUAGAUCAGGUCACAUAGGAACAUGUCCAGGCGGGUCUUGAAAACCUCCAAGGAAGGAGACUCUACAACCCCUCUGGGCAGCAUGUUUUACUUACUUCAGGCUUUCCCAUGUAUAAAAUCUUUUGAGUGUAGAAUUAGAUUUUAAAAUACUGGAUAAACUUAGGAUCAGCUUACUGGAUUCAGGGAAUGAGAAAAAUGCAGAGCAACCAACAUACACAUGUAUUUAAAAGACUGCAAUUUACCCAUUAUUGUAGGUACAACAACAAUCCAAAACAGUAAAACCACAACUAUCCAGACAAAAAAAAUGUAAAUAACUUUAUUUAUAAUCUAUUUUCAAGUUAAACUGACACAAGUUGAAGAAGCUGUAACCACACAGUAACAAGAGGUAGGAGCGAUACAGAAAUGGUAUACAAGUUGCAUUUAUGGCCUUCUAUAGCCCUGAAAGCACAUUACAAAUCCAAAGCUGCAGACUUGGUUCUUUCUCAGUAUGUAUGAAUAUGAUUUUACUACGUACUUGCUACAAAACCAAAAUGCAACUGAAACAAGUUCUAGGCUGAAUAUUUCAUUAGGUGUCUUUAUGAUCAGGCUUAGUUAGAAACAUAUACUUCCAUGCAAGCAGGUUACAGGAGUUCACAAUUUGAGUGCAAAACAUUUUCUUUUAUAACAAUUAUCCCCCUUAUAUGCUGAUGAGACAAUAAUGAUACAAAACCAAUGAGAUGUUAAGAUUCACGUUUGCUCAGUUGAAUGAUGAACUGUGAUUGACCUUAAUGUUUUCAAUUAAUGCUUUAAACUUUGCAGAUUGUGGUUUACUACUUGAUAUAGCAGGAUGAAAAGUAGUGCAAAAUAAAGUGCAGUUAUUACACGGGAGAAGAUUCCUUCCUCACUUUGUGAUUACGACGUAUUGCACGACUGUGAAACAAUCUAGCCUAUUCAAGGCAAAAUUAGACUUUAGCAUAAAUGAUCCCUCUGUUCCUGGUUUCAAUGGGAAAGCAUGGAAUGACAGCUUCCUGUUACUGGUUUCACCGUUUUUUCCCCUAGGCUAUAAAGCCCUUUCUGUUAAUAGACAAGAAACAAAGAAUGUUUGCAAGUAUUGUGCCAGUUGUAGCACAUUCCUAAGGGUUAGCUAAUGCCAUCAGGGCUCUAAUAAAUACUCCCAUUACAUGUUACCUCUACUGCAGUAAGACCUAAACAUGACAACAUUGUAGUACACGGAAAUUACCACUCUAUAAAGAUCACUUUGAGGAGUUUCUGGAUAACUAAGCUACGCUUUAUUACACUGAACCUCAGAGGACAGUUAUCCUAUAAAUGCAGUAAGACAAUAGGGCAUGUAGUUGAUAGCACAACUUCUGCAGCCAGUCUUCAAAUUCUGUCAUAUUUUGUACGUCAUAAGGAACUCUCAAGAGGUUCUUGACACUCUUGUCUUAAAGUAGGAAGGUAACUGACCACAUGAAGAUUGCUGUCACAAAGUAAGAAUAAACUGUGUGUCAGAGUGCAGUGCUACCCAGCCCACUCUGGAUUUAUUGGUUCCCCUUACCAAAGUUAGUUUGAGCAGCUGAAAAUAUGAGAGAACUGAGAGGAACUGUGAAGUUUAAGAGGCGAUAUGCUAGGAACAACGUUUGCCUCCUCCCACAACACACUACUCCAAGUGCAGUAUUUGUACAGUAGUUGUAGCUUCCAUCCAUCUUUCUUGUAAAUGGUAUCCUACUAAAUGUAACUGAACUUUAGCAGGUUUUUUUUGAUGGACAAGGUUCAGGUUCUGAACUACCUCUGAAAAAAUGUCCUUGUCAGAGAUUUUCUUCUUUGUCAUCAGAUGUUAAUUCAGAAGCUAUUAUAUGGAAGUGUAUUUAAUGUAAAGCUCAAAUAUCUCUACAGCCUCAAAAAGGCAGCUAUACCAACUUAUAUGGAGAAUUUUAAGAAGCAUUUUAAUCCUGUAUGUAUAGGCAAGCUCUACUGAAUAAAGUAUGAAAUGUCUUGAAGUUGUUUAAGUUGCUCUAUUAAGCUU